AUGUCCAAUGUGUCUGCCCCAAGCCACCCAACCAACCGGAUUGCCUCUUCCCUCUGUCCCUCUCGAUUUCCCAGUCCUGCUGUCCCUUCCCCAUUUCCCCUUCCCUCUGUCCCUCCCCAUUUCCCCAUCCCCCUGUCACUCCAUAUUUCCCCUUCCCCCAGUCCCUCAGCAUUUCCCUUUAUCCCUUUCCCCUUCCCUUUGUCCCUUCCCCAUUUCCCCUUCCCUCUGUCACACCGCUUAUCCCCUUGUCCUGUCACACCGCUUAUCCCCUUCCCCCUGUCCCCCCCCCAUUUCCUCUUUUCUCUUACCUUCCCCAUUUUCCCUUCCAAUACCAGCCCAGCAUUUCCCCUUGUCCUAUCACUCCCCUAUCCCCUUCCCUUUGUCCCUCCCCAUUUCCCCUUUUCUAUGACCUUCCCCUUCCCCCAGCAUUUCCCCUUGUCUUGUCACUCUCCUUAUCCCCUUCCCCUUUGUGCUUCCCCAUCUCCUCUUCUUUCUCACACCACAAUUUCCCCUUCCCUUUUGUCCCUCCCAUUUCCCCUGCCAUCUGACCCUCCCAUUUCCCACCCCCCUUGUCCCUCCCAUUGCCACUUUCCUCUGUCCCUCCCAACUCCCCUUCCCUCUGCCCCUCCCCAUAUCCCUUCUCUCUGUCGCUCCCCAUUCUCCGUUCCCAACACUGCAUGUUACCCCUUCCCUCUGUCUCUCCCCAUUUCCCCUUCCCUCUGUCCCUCCCCAUUUCCCAUUCCCAACACUCCAUCCACCCUUUCCCUCUGUCCCUACCCUUUCCCCUCCCCUCCGUCCCUCCACAUUACCCCUUCCCUCUGUCACUCCCUGCUUCCCUUUCCAAUACACUUCAUGUGUUCUCUCCCCUCCGUCACUCCCGAUUGCCACUUCCUCUGUCCUUUACAAAUCCCCUUUUCUAUAACCCUCCCAUUACCCCUUCCCUCUGCCCCCCCCCCCUCCCCCCCCCCCCCAUUUCCCCUGCCCUUUGUGCUUCCCCAUCUCCUCUUCUCUCUCAAACCACCAUUUCCCCUUCCCUUUUGUCUCUCCCAUUUCCCCUGCCAUCUGUCCCUCCCAUUUCCCACCCCCCCUUUCCCUCCCAUUGCCACUUUCCUCUGUCCCUCCCAAUUCCCCUUCCCUCUGUCCCUCCCCACAUCUCUUCUCUCUGUCGCUCUCCAUUCCCCGUUCCCAACACUGCAUGUUACCCCUACCCUCUGUCUCUCCCCAUUUCCCCUUCCCUCUGUCACUCCCCAUUUCCCCUUCCCUUUGUCCCUCCCCAUGCCCCUUCCCACUAUCUCUCCCAUUUCCCCUCCCCUCUCCUCCCACUUUCCCCUUCCCCUUUCUCUGUCCCUCCUCAUUUCCCCUACCCUCUGUCCCUCCCCAUUUCCCCUCCCUCUGUCCUGCCCCAAUUCCCCUUCACUCUGUCCCUCCACAUUACCCCAUCUCUCUAUCACUCCCUUAUUCCCUUUCCCAUACACUCCAUGUUACCCCUUCCCUCUCACUUCCAAUUGCCACUUCUUUUGUCCUUCCUCAAAUCCCCUUUUCCGUAACCCUCCCAUUGCCACUUCCCUCUGUCACUCCCAUGAAUCCUUCCCUCUGUCCCUCUCCAUUUUCCCUGCCCUCUGUCCUUCCCCAUCUCCUGUUCUCUCUCUCACUCCCAUUUCCCCAACCCUCUGUCCCUCCCCAUGCCUUUCCCACUAUCCCUCCCAUUUCGUCCGCCCAGGAUUCGGGCAUCAAGUUCGAUACGCCUGCGGCCCCCCGCUGACUUAG